GUUUAUUUAUUACACAGCAACACUUCUAUCAAGCUGUCAAUUUCUGAAUAUACAGUUCUUUUUACUCAACUUCUUCCUUGCACCGGUGAGGUUGUGGUUAUCUAAACAUGGGGAAGGGAAAUAAUAUGAUCCCUAAUGGCCAUUUCCAUAAGGAUUGGCAAAGGUUUGUUAAAACUUGGUUUAACCAACCUGCGAGACGUUACCGCAGAAAGCAAAAUAGGAUAAAGAAAGCCAAGGCUGUCGCGCCGAGACCUGCUGCUGGACCAUUGAGACCUGUUGUUCGUUGUCCAACUGUACGUUAUCAUACGAAAGUUCGUGCUGGUCGUGGCUUUACUCUACGUGAAAUCAGGGCAGCUGGACUAAAUCCUGCUUUUGCCAGAACUAUUGGCAUUGCUGUAGACCCUCGCAGGCGUAACAAAUCAGUGGAGUCUCUGCAAACCAAUGUUCAAAGACUGAAGGAGUACCGUGCAAGGUUAAUACUCUUCCCGAAGGGCAAGAAGGUAUUGAAGGGUGAAGCCAAUGAAGAAGAGCGCAAACUGGCCACACAGUUACGUGGACCCUUGAUGCCAGUGCAGCAGCCAGCACCUAAGUCUAUAGCAAGGGCUAUCACUGAGGAGGAGAAGGACUUCAAGGCUUAUCAAUACCUCAGAGGAGCGCGUUCUAUUGCCAAACUGGUUGGUAUCCGCGCCAAGAGAUUGAAGGAUGCUGCAGAAAAUCCUGACGACGUCACUAAAGCUCCUACUGCAGUAAAAGAAACUAAAGCUAAGAAGUGAUGAAAUAAAAGGUUAAAUAAAGAUA